CAAUCCCCAACUGAUGCUGCUGCUGUGUAUUGGAGCAGGUUACAAACCUCUACUGCAACCACUCCCCAUCUAUUCCCCUCAAUCAAACUCUAAUUUAUCACUUCAUCUCCAACUCCAUCACCCCUCAACUAUAUAUACACACAACCAUUCCAUGCACAACCACAAGCAAAGCACACAAGAAAUACUUUUUAGUUACACAUCGAGCUUCCAUUCUUGCAAGAAGCUGGUAGCAAUUCAUGGAGCUCCUCCCUUGCACUGCCAUCCUCCUACUCCUCUCUUCCUCGCUCGCAGCGGCUAUAUCGCCGGCGGGGACGAUUGAACGCGUGACGAAGCAGCAGAUCCUGGCGAGCAUCCCGCAGGCCGGGGGCCCGCCCGUGCUGUUCCUCAAGUCGCCGUCCGGCAAGUACGCGGCCUACUUCGUGCGCACCCACACCGUGCCGGGCGCCGGCGGGCUGGGCGCCGACUUCUGCUACGUCGAGGUGGUCGAAGCAACGGCCGCCCACGGCGGCGCCGAGGGCGAGGUGGAGGCCGCUGGCGGCACGAGCGUGUGGGAGUCUGAGUGCCGGCCGGUUAGCACGGUGAACACGUGCGCGCUGCUCUUCUCGUGGGACGGGCUGGAGGUGUUCGACGGCAGUGAGGAGGUGUGGCACGGCGAGACCAACCGCGACGGCACCAACUUCCUCCAGACCCUCGAGCUCGUCGACGACGGUGACAUGCGCAUCCGCGACAAGGACGGCGAGCUCGCCUGGCGUGCCAGCGACGAGCCGCGCCACGCGCAGCGGUGCGGCGCGCCGGGCUCCCCCGGGCUCGCCGCCGCGCUCCCGCCCUUCGCAGAGCCCCUCGGCGCGCACAGCAGUAAUCUGCCCUUCGGCCAGGUACCAGACGGCAACGGCCACUCGGUCGAGCUGCCUACGGGAGAGCUGCCGCAGGCGGCCGAUGUCGGCGGAGGAGCAGCGGCCUUCGGUGGCGCCACGACAGGACUGGUCGGGGCCGCCGGUCAGGGAGAGCACGACGCGGCGGCCGUGGAGGGGUUCGGCAGCCAGCCGCUUGUUGACAACAGCCCCUAUGACAGUGGGGCCUGGAGGGACGGGCCUGGGUCCCACCUCACUGCCAUUGGCGCCGCUCUGUUCAUCUCCGCCCUGCUUGGCGCCAUGGGUGUGGGUCUCUAAUCGAGGCGUCGCUGAUGGUGAUGCAAUUGUUACAAGUCUGCGACGAACUUAUUAAAGAUCGAAGAGGGUGAUAUGUGGUGUUGCAUUUGGUGAUUUCGUCAAGUAUUUUUUUUUGUUUUACUUAUGCAUGUAUCAAAUAUUGCAAGAUAUGAUGUUUGUAUUUGGGUAAUUGGAAUC